AUGUCUCCACUGUCUUUCCCAAAGGGGGAUACAGAGGCCCAGGAGGGGCCGGGGGUAGGGGAGGUUAUGGUAACGGAGGCCAGGGAGGCUAUGGUGCUGGUCUGGGAGCAGGAAAUGGCCAAGGAAUGGGAGCCGGACUGGGCUCACAGGGUGGGAAACCACGUGGAGGUGGAGGAUACGGUGGUAAUGGAUAUGGCACACAGCCAGGUUACGGGGCUGGAGCUGGAGCCAGAGGCUAUCCACGACCAGGUGCUGGAGCUGGGUAUCCCAAUGGACAGGGAUCUAAGGGACCAAAACCGGGAUAUGGUGCAGGAGCUGGAGUGCCCAAUGGACAGGGUGCUAAACCCAAUGGGUAUGCUGCAGGAGCUGGAGGAGUUCCCACUGGACAGGGUGCUAAACCAUCCAAACAGGGAUAUGGUGCAGGAGCUGGAGUGCCCAAUGGACAGGGUGCUAAGCCCAAUGGAUUUGGUCCAGGAGCUGGAGUUUCCAGGGAUCAGGGAGCCAAAGGCCAUGGAUAUGGUCCAGGAGUGGGAGAGCCCAAUGGACAGGGUGCUAAAGCAACAAAAACUGGCUACGGUGCUGGAGCAGGCAGCUACCCUGGGGCAGGAAACAACGGCUAUGGAGCAGGUCUUGGACAAGGAGGAUACCCCCAGAAUGGAGCAGGUGCCAGUCUGGGACAGGGAGGAUACCCCCAGGGUGGAGCAGGGGAAUACCCCCAGGGUGGAGCAGGCGGAUACCCCCAGGGUGGAGCAGGAGGAUACCCCCAGGGUGGAGCAGGUGGAUACCCCCAGGGUGGAGCAGGUGGAUACCCACAGGGUGGAGAAGGUGGAUACCCCCAGGGUGGAGCAGGUGUAUACUCCCAGGGUGGAGCAGGGGGAUACCCCCAGGGUGGAGCAGGUGGAUACCCCCAGGGUGGAGCAGGAGGAUACCCCCAGGGUGGAGCAGGUGGAUACCCCCAGGGUGGAGCAGGUGGAUACCCCCAGGGUGCAGGAAAACCAGGCAAAGCUGGCGGUGGUGCUAAUCUGGGACAGGGAGGAUAUCCCCAGGGUGGAGCAGGAGGAUACCCCCAGGGUGGAGCAGGAGGAUACCCCCAGGGUGGAGCAGGCAAAUCAGCGGGUUAUGGUGAUCAAAUUGGAGGAGCAUACCCCGGGGCUGGAGCGGGCAACGGCUAUGGGAAUGGUGGAGGCCCAGCUGGGGGGGCCAAUGCAGUGCCUGCAGGCUAUGGCAAUGGCUACGGUGCUAGUACUGGAGGCAAUGGUUAUGGAGCCGGGGGAGGAGUCAGUCAGCUUCCUUACAAUGGAGCCCCAGUCAAUACUGCUGGACUGGAUGGUGAUGGAAGCUUCCCUUAUGGUGCUCAGCAACUGGGCCUUGGUGGUGAUGGAGGCAAAUCCUCUGGCAAAUAUGGCAACGGUGGAUUGCCACAGGGUGCACAACAGGGUGCACAGUCUUAUGGACCUGCGACUGGUGGUGGGAAACCACCUUGCAAAAAUGGAAACGGAGGGGGCUUUGGAGCACAGCCAGCAGGCUAUGGUCAAGGACAGCUGGGUGCAGGUCAGAGUGCCCCCUACAGUAACGGAGCAGGAGGGAAGGAAAGCAAAUAUGGUGGUGGUGGACUGACUGGAUUCUUUGGAAACGGAGGGUACAAAGGUUAAGUGAAUCAGCUGAGGCCUUCUUGAAGUGAAUAUUUGUUCCGUUCCGUCAUGUGUUCAUGGUGAUGUUUGUUGUUUGGUCUGUUGUUACAUUUAACUAUUCCAUUUUUGUUCUGUAUUUGUCUGGUUUUUUGUUCAUGGUCCUUGUCUUAUGUGUUGUUGUGUGUCUGUCCCCUCUCUUCCUCUACUGGUUUUGGAGAUUGUGUUGCCAGUGUGUUUGUGUUCAUAUCCAUUUCACACUAAAGGGCAGAAAGCAACCGUAUAAUGUCUGUCAGUCUCCUCAUUCUUUUAACCUUGGCAAAAGUAUGGCAAAUGUACUGUACAUGUGAUGUGGGGGUUGAGUUUUAAGACUGAAGCUCUAUGAGUUUAAAUCAAUAUCAAAUCAAAUAAAAUUUAAAGACCUGUU